AUGCGCGCGAGGCUGUGUAGGCAUAGCCUCGAGAGUGCCAGUGCAGCCAAUCCGAGGCAGUUUGUGACGCGCAUUGCGCCAGAAGCGUUUUUGCGCAAAGAAAAAGAAAUCGUGGUCACGGCUCUCACCACCACCCCUCCAGCUUCAGCGCGCCGCCCGCGCCGGAUGGCCUCCCACCGCAUCGGCGCGCGCGUCGCGGGCCUCUCGCCAGAGCAGCUGUGCGCCAUCAUCGAGGCGCAGGCGGGCGCGAGCGACGCCGCGCUGCGCGUGGCGGAGGAGCACGCCGCACGGCUCGUGGAGCAGCCCGAGUGGGUCCUCUCCGAGGUCCUCCUCUCGCCGGACCUCGCCCCGCACAUCCUCGCCCAGCUGCCGACCAAGGCGCACACCGCCAAGGGGACGAGACGCUGA